CUGACUCAGUGACGCUUGAGAGGUUAUUAUUCUGUAUAUGAACCGGUACUUCUUGUUAAUUUAUACUUUUAAACAUUUCAUUGGGUUACUUAUAAGAGUUGUAAGUAUGUAAUUAUACCGUUGUUCAACGUAUCGUUUUCCGGCCAUAAGAAAAUACCCAGGCUAAACAAUUGUAAAUGUGUAAUGGAGGGUAGGAAUCGCGGCGUCAUGCCGCUGGUGACGACGCGCGUGAAAAAGGAGCUAAAUGAAGUUAUGGAUCAGGUUGUAAAAGAGGAAGCAGAUUAUAGAGAAGAGGAGUGCGUAAAGAAAGCUUCAUGCUCGGACAGUGAUGAUGUCAGCGAGUUAGCGGCACUGGCAGGCCGGUACACCGAGCAUGUGGUCAAAGGCGAGCUCUUGCUGGAGCCAGCCACGUCAGCUAUUGAGAGCGACAGCGAACGACAGGAACCGGCUAAAAACAGCGUCCGCAACGGAGAUCAAUUCGCGCUCAAGAACUGCUGGAUUCGGCUUGAGCGCUAUGACGUCGUGCGUUUCAGAACUCGCUCUAAAACACCCGAUACUAUUAAAGUACUUAGCAAAGAAAGUACUAUAGGCGUUCAGAAAACAAACAGAAACAAUCUAAUGGUAACAAAAUACGUUUGUGACGUUUGCGGUAAAAUUUACCAACAAAAAGGCCAUCUAAUACAUCAUUUGAAGUUUCACCAGCGGAAGAAGAACAUGUCAGGAAAAUCCUACUCCUGUCAAAUAUGCAAAAAACAGUUUGCGUAUUCCAGUUCCCUUGUCAACCACCAUAGAAUACACAGCGGUGAAAAACCGUACUCGUGUAAAAUAUGUAUGAAAAGAUUCACACAAUUAGGUCACUUAGAGACACAUAAACGAAGCCAUUCAGAAGCGAGACCGUACUUUUGCGAAUUAUGUGGAAAGCUAUUUAAGCAUGCGACCACACUUAAAGCUCAUAGAAGAAUCCAUACUGGCGAGAAGCCAUACUCGUGUGAAGUUUGUAAAAAGAAAUUCGUUAAAUUAGGUGGCUUGACAAUACAUGAGCGGAUUCACAGCGGGGAGAAGCCUUACGAGUGUGAAAUGUGCUUUAAACGAUUUACCGGUUCCGGUGAUUUAAAAAAACAUAAACUUAUCCAUGGUGUUAAACUAAACUCAUGUGAUAUAUGCAAAAAGAAGUUUACGUUACCGACUCAAUUGAAUAAACAUAAACGAAUACACACUGGAGAAAAACCAUUCUCGUGUGAAACCUGCAAAAAGAGAUUUACAGAAUCGGGUGCUCUUAAGAUACAUAUACGAACCCAUACGAGGGAAAAGCCAUUCUCGUGCGAAAUAUGCAAAAAGUCGUUUUCGGGACCGAGUGGUCUAAAAAGCCAUAAACGAACUCACUCGGGAGAAAAAGCCUAUUCUUGCGAAGAAUGUAAAAAAACCUUUGCUACUACUACUUCUUUAAGAAAUCAUAAACUCAUCCACACUGGGAUAAGGCCAUAUUCUUGCGAAGAAUGUAAAAAAACCUUUGCUACUCCAAGUUCUUUAAGAACUCAUAAACAAAUUCACACUGGCGUAAAGCCAUAUUCUUGCGAAAUAUGUAAAAAGGAAUUCAGGCAAUCGGGUAAUUUAAAGAUACAUAGACUAAUCCAUACGAAUGACAAACCUUACUUUUGUGAAAUAUGUCCUAAACGUUUCAACUAUUCUAGUAGUCUAGAGGCACAUAAAAUAUUUCACUCUGGAGAAAAACCAUUCUCGUGCCAUAUAUGCGCAACGCGAUUUAAACGUUCGGGGGAUUGUAAGAAACACCAACUGGUCCAUACUGGUGAGAAGCCGUUUACCUGCGGUGUUUGUGAAAAGCGGUUUUCACAUGUUUCAAGUCUAAAUAAACAUAAACGAACCCACACUGGAGAAAAACCUUAUUCUUGUGAAAUAUGUAAAAAAAGGUUUACAGUAAAGCCGACUUUAAUAAAGCAUAGGCGGACCCACACUGGAGAAAGGCCAUACAGCUGCGAAGUGUGUAAGAAAACGUUCAUUUAUUUGGAGAAUUUAAACGAACAUGAACGAAUACACACAGGAGAAAGACCGUACUUUUGUGAAACAUGUCCGAAGCUAUUUAAACGUUGUGGUGAUUUAAUUAAACACAAACGAAUCCACGCUGUUACAAAGUCGUAUUCUUGUGAAAUAUGUAACAAAGAGUUCAGACAGUCACAUUAUUUAAAAGUACAUGGUCAAAAGUACCAUAAAGAGUUCUCCGGAGUGUCAUAAAUAUUGUUUUUGGAUUUGAAUAUGCCGAGGACAUGAGAGGCUUGAUUAUUGUGUUACAGUUUUUUUGUAUUGUGUUCUAAUGAAAGAGUAUUACCUUUUUGGGGUCACCCAUUAAUUACGUCACACGAAUUUCGAGGUAUUUUGACCCUUCCCCCCACCUUGUCACACUUGGUCACCUUUAGCAAACCCCUCCUCCAUUGGUGUGACGUCACAUUUUUGCAAUUUAGUUUUCAACGAAAUGGGCAAAUCGAGUUAGGUAUAUUUUAUCAAAAUAUUUUUGCAAAAAUAAUAUAUAGUAAUUUUAUAACAGAAAACCGAUUGGGAAAGAAAAAUAACCGAAUAAAAACGAUUACAGGUCCAAAAAAUCGUUGUUUAAAUGUCCAUCAAAUAAAUUAAAAAAAAAAUCGGUUACCGAUGAAGUUAAAGUGACGUCACAAAGUUCGUGACUCCCUCCCCCUUGUCACAACAUGUCACAUUUUCUUGACCCCCUCCCAGCCCCCUAAACGUGUGACGUAAUUAAUGGAUGACCCCUUUUUACGUUCAUAUUUUUGUUUGGACUU